UUGGAAUUUUAAAUAUCAAAUUCUUAUGCAUCAGGUAAGAUUCGAGAGGAGGAAGAAUAACAAAGAAGACGGAGAUGGGCGCAUUCUCGCAUUUAUUCAGAGCUCUUCAUACCAAUCCUUCAAACUAUUCUAAACUUGCUGUUCUCUUCUCCGUCAGUGGAGGUCUGAUUGCAUAUGCAGACUCCAAUCCAAAGAGUGAGACAAAGGCGGUGGAACAUAUUGAGUCAGUCGAACCAAAGAAGAAAAAAGUGUUGGUGUUAGGGACAGGAUGGGGUGGCACUAGUUUCCUAAAGGAUUUGGACAUUUCAUCCUAUGAUGUUCAAGUGGUCUCGCCUCGAAACUACUUUGCCUUUACUCCACUGUUACCUAGUGUCACAUGUGGUACCGUUGAGGCAAGAAGCAUAGUUGAGCCAAUACGCAACAUAAUAAAAAGAGAAAUGGAGAAAUUAAAUUUUGGGAAGCAGACCGUUGGAGCAAGAGUCAACACUUUUAACACCCCUGGUGUUUUGGAGAACUGCCAUUUUCUGAAGGAAGUAGAAGAUGCUCAAAGUAAUCGUCGAGCUGUGAUUGAUUGCUUUGAAAAGGCAGUGCUUCCAGAGUUGAGUGAAGAGGAGAGGAGAACCAACCUCCAUUUUGUCAUAGUAGGGGGCGGUCCAACUGGGAUAGAAUUCGCCGCAGAGUUACAUGACUUUGUUCACGAAGAUUUAGUGAAAAUAUACCCAUCUGUGAAAGAUCUUGUGAGAAUAACCAUUAUCCAAUCCGGCGACCAUAUUCUGAACACGUUUGAUGAAAGAAUCAGUUCCUUUGCUGAGCAGAAGUUUCAAAGAGAUGGAAUUGAGGUUUUGACAGGAUGCCGAGUGGUUAGUGUUACUGAUAAACUCAUUAACAUGAAAUUAAAAGCUACCGGAGAAAAUGUUUCGGUGCCACAUGGAAUGAUUGUGUGGUCAACCGGUGUUGGUACUCGCCCGGUUGUUGCAGAUUUCAUGGAAGAAAUUGGCCAGACCAACAGGCGUGCACUUGCAACUGAUGAGUGGUUAAGAGUCAAAGGUUGUGAGAGUGUGUAUGCUCUCGGGGAUUGUGCCACUGUAGAUCAACGCAAAAUAAUGGAAGACAUUACGACCAUUUUCAAAGCAGCAGACAAAGACAAUUCGGGCACCUUAACGAACGAAGAAUUUAAAGACGUUAUUGAAGAUAUCAUCAUUAGGUACCCUCAAGUUGAACUGUAUGUGAAGAACAAACACCUGCUUGAAGUAGUGGACUUGUUACAAGACGAUCAAGGAAACAAACAAGGCGAGAUAGAUAUUGAGGGGUUCAAGUUAGCCCUCUCUCACGUCGAUUCACAGAUGAAGAGUCUUCCUGCAACUGCUCAGGUGGCUGCACAACAAGGUGCAUACCUGUCGAGAUGCUUUAACCGUUGGGAACACUGCAAAAACAACCCAGAAGGCCCUCGACGUUUCAGAAGUUCUGGGCGCCACGAGUUUCUCCCUUUCAGGUAUAGGCAUUUUGGUCAAUUUGCCCCCUUGGGCGGGGAGCAAGCAGCAGCAGAGCUUCCUGGGGACUGGGUUUCCAUGGGCCACAGCACGCAGUGGCUCUGGUACUCCGUAUACGCGAGCAAACAGGUGAGCUGGCGCACGCGUGUCCUCGUUGUUGCUGACUGGACACGGAGAUUCGUCUUUGGGCGGGAUUCUAGCCGCAUUUGAUGCUGCCAAUUCAAGUCACCUUGUAUCAGCUUUUGUUGUUUUUUUACAACCUUAAAGUAGGCUGCUUCUUAUGACAUCAUUUGACUAUUUGAGCAUAAAAAAGAUGAUCAGAAAUCAAAUGUUUGAAUUGAAGAAUGGAGCUUUAAAAGAUACAGGAUUUUCCACGUAGUUCUUAUUCUUUAAUUAAUUUUGGGACGGAGGGCGUAAUUAACUAAAUAAUCUAACCUAGUAAAU